UCCACGUAGUAGGCGCUGCAAGGAGCCCCUCCUCGUGCCGCGCGAUCUAGCGCGUUCAUGUGCUAACCAGAAAAGGCGUCAACACUAAGAAACUCUCAUCUACAUCUUCUCCAUGCCGGCUAUAAACGAGGCGGCAUAGAUAAAAGUUUUCCAAACAUUUGAAAUGAUGCACGCCCAAUAUAUAUCUAUAGAUUUACUUUGUUACAAAAGUUGAGAUGCAUAUUCAUUCUAGAAAAGUUCAUACAAAAAUGACAAAUUGUAAGUGCAAGUGCAUUAGAAGACAAAAAUUCUAGGCAUGUGUAUUUUAGUACAGGCACUAGAACUUUGUCAUUUUCGUAUGUUUUUUUUUUUGCAAAUAAAGUCUGUAUCUCAACUUUUGCAACAAUAUACAUAUACAGAUGGACUAUAGAUGUGCAUCGUUUCAAUUUUUUUAAAAACUUCUAAGCGUGGUUUUCAUAUAGAUUUUCACCACCGAAGAGGUGGUUUACACCGAAUAUUUUUCCAUAGAUGACGUGACACUUUUGGAAAUAAGAAAACCAAACAAUCCUUUGGCAUCGGUUUUAGACUUGGGCGCAUAUCUUGGAACAAAAUAUCCUUUUGGAAAUAUGUCCUUAUAUUGCAUUUAUUUGAACUUGUUAGUGUCAAUAUAUUUAUUCUAAAACUUAGUUGAAGUUAGAGAAGCUUGAUACAAUUAUUUAAUUGGAAAUAUAUCAGGUGCAAACUAAUCUCUUUGUGCAAACUUAAAUCUGGAAAACCGGAUCAACAUGAGAGGGGCCACGGGGGAUUGGAUAAUUUUACAAUUAACCCUCCGCCGGAGUGGAAUCCAAUUUAGGCUAUAUAUACACCCCAAGCGCAAAGCAAGUGAUUCCAUCCACUCCACACCAUACGCAGCAAGCAAUGCAUAGAGAGUAGUUUAUCCACAGUCCAGCAUGGAUCUGGUGACUGGGGCUGUGGGCAGCCUCGCCUCCAAGCUGCUCCAUCUACUCGGGGAGGAGUACAAGCUGCAGACGACAGGACUAACGAAACAAGUCCAGUCUCUCUCGGCAGAGCUGGAGAGCAUCCGCGCCUUCCUCCACAAGGUCGGCAACGUGCCGUGGUACCGGCUCGACGAGCAGAUCAAAGUCUGGGCACGUGAGGUCAGGGACAAGUGCUACGACCUGGAGGAUGUCUUCGACUCCUUCCUCGUGCACUUGGAGGACCCUGAGACUGCAGAUCCGAGCAGACUCAAACGCGCCAUGCACAAGAUGGGUGACUUGUUCGCCAAGGGCAAGGCUCGCCAUGACAUUGCCAACGACAUAGAAGACAUCAUGAAGCAACUCGUAGAGGUUGCCGCCAGGCGUAACAGGUACAAAAUUGAUGAUUCCAUUGAGACCAAGCCUUCAUCCACAACAAGUGAUCCUCGCCUUCCGGCUCUCUACAAAAAACCUUCAGAGCUCGUUGGCAUCGACGAGCCAAGGGAUGCACUCAUCCAAAUGCUGUCCGUAGGGGGGCAGGAGAAAAAGAUAAUCUCCAUUGUAGGCUCUGGAGGAUUGGGCAAGACCACCCUUGCCAAGGCUGUGUAUGACAAGCUUAUAAAUAUUAACGGACGAUUUGAUUGCUGGGCUUUUGUUCCAGUGGGACAAAAUCCUGACCAGAGGAAAAUCCUGAGGGACAUUCUUAUUGAUCUCCUCAAGCCGACAAACGCGAUCAAUGCUCUUGUUAACACAAGGUUCAGCCUUGGUGAUCUAAUGGAAUUGGAUGAAAAGCAGCUCAUCGACGAACUCCGUGAACAGCUCCAAGGUAAAAGGUACUUCAUUGUUGUAGAUGAUAUAUGGGAGAGGUCAAUGUGGAGAACCGUUGACCUUGCUUUUGUUGACGGUAAUUGUGGAAGUAGAUUACUCACAACUACACGUAAGUCUGAAGUUUCAAAGGAAAUUGGUGAAGUUUAUAAAUUACAUGAACUUUCAGACAAUAACUCCAAAAAACUGUUUCAUUCAAUAACAUUCGGCGGGGAAGAAAAACAUCCUUGUAGUGAUGAAUUGGAUAAGGUAUCUAAUACAAUUAUAAAGAAAUGCGGUGGCCUACCAUUAGCCAUUGUUACAAUAGCUGAGGUGCUGGCUAGGAAACCAAUAGAGGAGUGGUCUAAUGUGUACAACUCAAUUGGUUUUGGCCCUGACGAUAACAAAGUUGAGGAUAUGAAAAAGAUAUUAUCUUUUAGCUAUUAUGACUUACCUUCACAUCUAAGGACCUGCUUAUUGUAUCUAAGUACAUCUCCCGAAGAACAAUUUAUUGAGAAAAGGGAAUUGAUAUUGAGGUGGAUAGCUGAAGGUUUUAUCCAUGAGGAAAGAGGCAAGGCAUCUUUUGAUGUCGGAGAUAACUAUAUCCAUGAACUCGUAGAUAGAAACUUGGUAAUUCCAGUAGAGGACAAACGCUCAGGCAUUUUACAAGGUUGCCGUGUCCAUGACAUGCUACUUCGUCUCAUUCGACAGUUGUCAACUGAAGAGAACUUUGCUGUUGCACUGGGUAAAGACGAACGGUCAUCAGUUGAACAAAGCAAAAUUCGUCGCUUAGCCCUCCUAAUGUUAACAAAAGAAACUAAUUAUAAGGACAUGCCACGAUUGAGGUCAUUUAAUGCCACAAUAUGUUUUACAGAACUCAUUCCCCCUGUGUGCAGCUUUAAAGUUUUGCGGGUCCUAGUUCUAGAGUAUUGUAUUGGUAUGGAAGGUUAUCCUAUUAAACAUAUUGCAAAGUUACUCCAUCUGAGGUACAUAGGGCUAUCUCAUACACCCGUUCGUAAGCUCCCCAAAGAAAUAGGGCAUCUUAAGUUUCUGCAAACACUGCUAUUGGAUGACACCGGGAUAAAAGAACUGCCAUCCAGUGUACGCUUGCUAAAACAAUUGAUGUGCCUGCGUGUUGAUGAGAAGACAAGAGUGCCGGAUUGGAUUGGGGAGAUGACAUCCCUAGUGGAACUAGAGAUGUACCAUGAAGUGUUGCCGGAUUUGGUUAUUAGGGAGACACCCCCCGUACAGAAGCAAGAGAUGCACAGUGGUGCCGACAACAAGUGCUCUAUAAGGCGGUUCGUGAAGGAGUUGGGCAACCUGAGAAAUCUCAGAGUGCUUAAGACUGGCCUUCAUUUACAAGACCAAGGGCAGGGAAGAGAAUUUCUGGAGUCUCUAAGCAAACUCCACAAGAUGCAAGACGUAUCCAUCUUACUCCCGGCGGCAUUCUUAGAAAUGGACAUGGGUACAGAACCUAGAUUUGCCCUGUCAAGCCUCCGUACGCUGGAACUGUUAAAUCUGCAGUUCUCAAAGCUGCCGGCAUGGAUGAAUGGUGAAUGUCUUCCCAACCUCUGCAAGUUGAAGGUGCUGUUGACUGAUGCGGACGAGCAGGAUGUUGGAAAUCUCGGGACGUUACGACAGCUCCGUGACCUCACGCUAGUGAUCACAAGAUACCACAGAUUAAAACUCACUGUUUGUGGAUGCGGAGGAUUCGACAGUUUAAUAUUCUUACAUGGUGGACCGUUACAGUUUGUACCGGAAACAAUGCCAAGGCUUGAAAACAUCAUCUUUAGUAUCACAGUGUUUGAGUUAAGAGACGCCAAAAUCAGUUUUGACUUCGGCUUGGAAAAUCUUUCAUCCCUCCAGUGUUUGACUGUCGGCUUGGAUUGUGCCGAUGCCAGUCCUGAGGAAGUGGAGGAAGCAGAGGCUGCGAUCAGGCACGCAGUUGACACCCACCCCAAUCAUCCAUCACUUUUAGUGAAAAGGAGCAAUGAGGACAAAAUGGGGCCCGUGGAUGCAGAUUCAAGGAUAUUUUCUCGAAAAAUGUACAAGAUGUUGCAGGAUUCCACGCUCAAUGAACAAAUCAAAAAGCUCAACGACCAAAUCGAUGUUCAAAACAAUUGUAAUAGCACACUGUAUAAUCAGGCCCAAGAAAUGGCACAUACUAUACCCCAGGGGCAUCCCAGCAUUGCAAAGAUCCAGUGGACCUCGGUAUACGUGGUGGAGAUGGUAGUACUCCGAAAACAACUUGUCGACACAUUCCAAACGAUAAAUGAUACGUCAGACCCUGACCAACUGAUGCAACAUAUUAAGCUUCAGGAACGAUUGUUCGACCUGUACAAAGUUGAAAAUAAGAGAAUGGCCGCAAUCGUGGAGGAACUGAAAGCUGAGCUCAAGAUAUCUGAUAAUGUCGCCGAUGCUGAGGAAAAAGGGGAGCAUUGAGGUUUGUAGACAUCUGCAAUCGUACUACAAGUUCCAUGGUCGUCAACUCAUCUUUUUUCGAUCUGCUCAGUUCUUGGGGGGUGGGGGGUGGGGAUAUUUUCUUGUUUUUAGCACUUAGUAGCUUGUUGCUUCUUUUUCACACUUACC